UGGACAAAAGAUUAAUAAAUUGGACUAUUGAGUUUCUAUUCAAUAAUAAUAGAAAAAAAUGUUUUUCUAUUUAUUAUUUAGUGACUGACAAAUUGGGUUCACAAGCUAGCCAGGUUCGAGGGGACUGGACUUGGGUAAAAAAAUAUAUAUAAAUUCAUGCCAUGAUCAAAUCCAUGGAGAGAUAUGUUACCAAAAUGCAGGACAAGAAAAUACAAGCUACACUACGACACAGCUGGAUCUGGUUAUUGGAUUUAAGAUGCUGGUUGUUUUAAUAGAUGUUUAUCUGAAAAAAGAAAAAGAAAAGGUACCAAAGCAGAGGUAUAAAUAUAAUCUAAAUAAGUUAAGAUUUGUUGAUAUUAUGUCAAGUUUACAUCUCAACAAUACGAUUUCGUUUUCCUCUUGAAAAAAGAAAAAUCUGAGUGAUGGGAGAUUUAGAAGUUGACUAAGUUAUGAAAUGGGCAAGCAAAAAGUCACCAUUCACACUACUUUAUAAUGUACUAAUCAUUUUAGUCCUUCAGAUCUUAGGAUUUUAAUUUGUGGUCAAUCUAUCGAGAUUUUUUUAGGUGGAGAAAUAUUGAAGCUUUGGUGUCAAUCUACUGAAUACAAAGAUUAACACAGCAGGUAAAUAUCAGUAGUGUUUGUUGACAAAGGUGAAGAUAAUUCGUCAACUAAAACCUAGGAAAGGUGCAUUGAUUAGCGCCCUUUACUCAAUCUAAUGCAUUGAUUAGCGCCCUUUACUCAAUCUAAGUUGCUGUAUCAGGCACAUGAUAAAUCGCCGACCAAGUCACCAACCAUUUAACAUAUAUUUGCUUGAAUGACUGAAUCAAUUAAGUUUACUAUUCAGUAGGCACCAAUGCCCUUUUGAAGGUUGUGGGUUUGAGAGAACUUAAGGAUGUAAGAUGGACAGAGAACUGAAGGGAUCAUAAACAAGAAGCUUUAAGCUUUUGCUUUACACUUUAGAAUAUAAGAUGGACAGAGAUUUUGAGGGACACUGCCACUGCCACAUCUUUGCGGUUAAUCUUGUCUGGGAGUUCUACACUGAAACUAUACUCUUGUGUAAAAAGAGUUAAAUGUUGACAAUUACAUACAUACACACACAAAAGAAGAACGAUAAAAAGGAAUUUAAUAGGAGACAACUGCCAUUUGUCAGUGUAUCAAGUCCCAUCUUCUCUCAUUAAUUAAACAACACAAUUGCAACGUGCUUACAUAAAUCUACCUUUGAAAGAUCCUCUACUUCAUAAACAACAAACAAAUCCAUCAAAUACCAAACCCCCUCUCCCCACCUCUUUCUUUCUUCAACUCAAACAACAGCAAUAGAAAAACAAGGUUAAAAUGCCGGGUGAUCUGGCCAAGACAGACUCCGAGGCGAGCAGCCUAAGUCAAUCAUCGCCACCAAGGUCCCCUCGUCGACAAAUGUACUACGUUCAGAGUCCAUCAAGGGAUUCCCAUGAUGGUGAAAAGACUACCAACUCCUCCAACUCCACCCCGGUGCUCAGCCCCACCCACUCUCAGUCCAACUCUUCCUUAGGCCCUCAUUCUUCCCGCGAGUCUUCUUCCACCCGCCUCUCAAAACACCAUGGAUCUCGCAAGCCUCGCACCAAUAAGCAGUCAUGGAAAGAGUUCGACGCCAUUGAAGAAGAAGCUUUGCUUGACGGUGAAGCUGCCCAUCAUGCCCUACACCGUCGACGUUGCUAUUUCCUCGCCUUUCUUGUUGGCUUCUUCGUGCUUUUCACUACGUUUUCAUUGAUCCUAUGGGGCGCUAGUAGACUUCAGAAACCUAAAAUCACCAUGAAGAGCAUUUCGUUCAAUGAAUUUGUAGUACAAGCUGGUGCGGAUUUCUCAGGGGUCAGUACUGAAAUGGUGUCGAUGAACUGCACAGUGAAGCUCACAUAUCGAAACACAGCUACAUUUUUUGGGGUUCAUGUAACAUCAACACCCUUACAUCUCUCUUACUCUCAGCUCACAGUGGCUACUGGAUCGAUACACAAGUUUUAUCAAUCAAGAAAGAGCCAAAGAGCAUUGAUUGUGAUGAUGAAAGGGAGUCAUAUUCCGUUGUAUGGAGGAGGAGCUAGCUUGGCUAGUCUCAAUGGUGCACCCACUCAACCUGUGCCAUUGGCACUUGACUUCAUGGUUCGUUCCAGAGCUUAUGUUUUGGGCAAGUUGGUGAAGCCCAAGUUCUAUAAAAGAAUUCAAUGUUGGGCUGCCAUGGACCCCAAAAAGAUGAGUAAGGCUAUUUCACUAAAAAACAAAUGCAGUUACAGCUAAUAAUUCAAUACAUCUGUUGUACUUUCUAUCAACAGCUAGAUUCUGGGGAGGAUAUUUAAUGGUUCUCAAGGGCAUUGGAAAUGUAGUAGGGGUGGGUCGGUGGUUUCAAUAUUUGUUUUCAGGACUUGUAAUUUGGAGUUUGGCCGACAUUUUUUAAUGGAUGCCUAUUUUGCUUUUAUCGUUCUUUUAUGGCCUUCCAAAAUGGGCCAUUACGAUGUGUAAAAUAUGCUUAGUAACAGGAAUUCAUGUCAAUUUCACAUUUUGCAACCUUGAAUCCAUUACUAUUGGUCCAAUUGUAAGAUUUUUGAACUUUAGAUUAUAUCCACUAAUAAAUGCGAGAGAGAUUUAGUUUCUAAAUUUAA